AACACAAGUUGGGGCCCCCGUUCAGUGCAAAACACACAUCUAUAAAUGGCAGCAAAGAAGAGAGAAAAGGAGAGAGAGGGAGAGAGAGGGACGAAUACGGAUAAGGACAUAGGAACAUAUUGCAUGCGUGCUAAACUGUAUUGCUCUACCGAACCAAACUUACAUUCCUGUGGCGUACGGCGGAUCUGCAAAGUAACUCUGAUUUAUUUUUAGAUGGCUGAUAUUUUAUGGAAAAAACUCUCCAACUUUUUGUGUUGAUUGAAGUUUUGUUUCAUUGUUUGGAAUCUGUUGCUAGCUGGUACUUUCUGAUGAAGGAUGGAGUUAAUUUGGAUACUACAUGAGCGGUAGAACCAGACUGUUUUCAUUCACUUCGUACAGGAACCACGAUAAACGUAGUGACAUAAGAUUCGGCGUAGAAUAUAAUUCUUUAGUCUUCCUUCCACACAUCUCGUUACCAUGACAACCAAAGCGAACGUGAAGGACAUCCAAUGGUCCCGUCAGCAGUACACCUUGAGAGAGGCCUUGAAGAGAUGUACCUUCCCUCAGAUCAUGAAAGUGGUGGAGGGGUACGAGUCCUCCGAUGAGACCGAAACGUUAGCUCGGGAACAGAUUCUUCGUAUACAUCAAAUUCACACUCAGACCAGAGUCUUGGCGACAACAGAUAAGAAGGGUCGAUGGCUUAGUAUCCCUCUACGGUAUGCUGAAGCAAGGUUCGAAGUCGUGUCGGGUGGAAAACGUUCGAAGCCCAUGUACAUGCGAGAGAUAAUCGACAAAUCACUACUGCCACAGAAGGUGAAUUUCCACACGGGAGACGAUUUGACCUUUCACCUGCAGCUCAAGAGCAAUGUCCCGAAUACCAAGGAGAAGUUUGGCGCCCUCGCCCUGCAGAAAAUGUACGAGACGGGCUAUCUACAAGGCAAUGCCAUCCAGAACGACCAUCUGGACACCAUGAUCCUUAACAUCCCUCUCCAUUCGCCUGUUUCGGUGGUCCUGGCCGAGUCGUUUAUAGUAGGUUCCCGGGAGAGGUGGGAACGCUACCAAACCCUGCUCGAUAAAAUUGUCUCCAAGAACGUAGUCUUUGAACUCCAUCCUGGCAAUCCACAUAUCACAUUCUUCACAGACAAAGGACUGGAAUCUGCAAACCAGCAGGAACAGUACGAAAAAAUCACCCCCUCGGGAACGCUCUUCAUCACCACCAAAAAUGAAAGGUUAAAACAGAACAAAGGUCAAGGGAGUGUCCUAGCAGGACCAAGCGGUGCUAGGACGUUGUCUGCAGCCUCGGCUGGUAAAGCAGCCAACAAGGACCGCGACAAUGCAUCAGUCCAAGCUGGUGAAAGGCCAGGAAGACCACCCCUGCGUCACGUACAGUCGGAGUCGCCGAGUGGCUCGUCUUUCAUUGCUCACAGACCAAGGAUGCAAUCCCCUGGAAGACCGUUGUCCGCUCAAGUUACAUCGAUACACGGCACAUUGCCAAGGUCCAUCUUAAAGAAAGCUGACGGUGAUCGCUUUCCACCGCCUCCUGUAGAGACGAUGACGGGCAAUUCGGUUCGUAACCCAAUGGCAUACAUGCGUGACAGGCAGCAUUCUCCCCAAUCACGCAGGCGUGCAUCUCACUCACCUGGGCAUCUGGACGCAAGAGCUAAGAGCCCUGUCAGGGUUGACUAUCCAAGGCCGGUAAACGCAAAUUCGUCACCCAGAGGUUCAGGGUCUAGCAUGAACAGCCUUGCUGACUCGGGUUACUCUACAUCUUCCAGUAAUGACCCCCGGAGUAGACCAGCAAGUGGAACCCAGUUCCUUGGCAAACUACCCGAUCCCGAUUAUGAUGCUGAUCAUGAUGUGGCUAAUGGGCGAGGUGGUGACCACACUGACUACCCUGCAAGCAAAUCAAGCUUCAAUCCUCCAGCACCACCUCCUGUAGCAUCGAUACCUUCGAGACAAAACGUCCCCAAUGGAGCACCAGCACCAGCAGCACCACCUCCACCCCCUGUACCUGUGAUACCGGGUGCACCGCCUCCACCUCCCAUCGGGUUCAUACCACCACCACAACCACCUCAAUACAGGGACGUGGCUCAGAUCAAGGCCAAUCAAACUGCGGCCAGUAAACCUCAGAUGAACACAGGGAACGGCAGAGACGACAUGCUACAAGAGCUUAAAGCGAAAGCAGAGAGGCGUGCAUCCAGGCUGGAAGGACUCGUUCCUUCCAAUAAGCCAUCAACCUUCGGAAAAUUCCCGAGAACCACCAGUUCGUCCCCGAGGUCGGUAAACAACAACGACGAGCCAAGCAACGAACUGCAAGCUCGUCUGGCUAAACGCUUUUCGGCGGCAGAGGGCGCUGGCUUCGAUCAGAAUACCAUCAAAACGCCACCACCUCCUGCUGCUAAACCAAGCCCCAGACAGACGAACUCUAACACUCCCCCUGUAGCUCCAAAGUCUGGCGGGGUCCGAAACUCUCCUGGGGUCCGAAACUCUCCAAAGUCUGACGUUGUCAAUUUUGAUUCGCUGGCCGGGGUGCCCAAGGACUUGAGCUCUCUGUCUGUCUCGCAAGUCUGCCAGUGCCUAAAACUGAUGAACCUCGAGAAAUACAGUCCCGCUUUCAAGAGUAAUUCUGUAGAUGGACAAUUGAUGUUACAGCUCAACAAGGAAGCGUUAGUAGACAGUUUUAAACUCAACAACUGGGAUGCGCAAAGGGUCGAAUCGUUUAUUACUGGAUGGAGGCCCAAGUAUUGAACGAUCUAGGCGUAUUAAUCAACCAUGCCAUGCAAAAGUAAUGAGGGACCCAACUCAAUAUGUGUACGCGUCCAGUUGUCUAGCUUAUCGUCGUCAUUGUAUGCAACUAUUAUUGAAUAAGAUCUGCUGACUGUUCGCAGUGUAAUGAAUAUAUUUGAUCUGAACUUUGGAUCACCUAUGAUGAAGAAAAUACUGAAAUGUGUGAUAUAUAUACUAAUCAUCUCUAAUUUGCUCUGUUUUUGCUUUUGUUGAUGACCGAACUGGUGACACAGCUUGAUGUUCUCUGUUCGUCUACGCUUGGUUACAUGCUUGCUUGCUGUGUGAAUGUCCACAUCAGUCAUUUCGUGUUUCCAUCACUUCCGAUCCGCCAUAGUAAAUAGAUCAGCUGUAUUCUUCCAA